UUCAUUUAUUUAUAGAGGCAGAAAUGAGAUCAUUAUUUCAUCGGCGUCCUUCCACAAAACGUGCAUCUCUGAUCCAUUUGUAUCUGUGCAACACAGCUCACAAACGUGAGCCGGAGAGUCAGGGCUGACCCCGACCCCGCUGCUGCACUUGGGGCUUGGGAGCACACAGGGAUGAGCUGUCAGUGCCUCUGCCUGCCAGCCAGCCUGGGGACAAGGUGUGUGACAAGCAGGAUCGGAGCAGCUGUGCUGCCCGCCAGCGGCUGGUUUAUCGAUUCAUAAGGUGCCCGUCCUCCUUCCGGACCCCGUCGCCAUCCCCAUGGUGCCGCACACGCACGCAGCGGAGGACGCACGGCACAUCUGAAGUCACGAGUGCGCCCGGGCUCAGCCCUCUCCUGGAGAGGGAUAGGAAAGAGGAGGGGAGGGAUGGGGCAGGGGUGCAAGGGGCAUGUCCAGAUCCCUUCUCCCAGCACACAUCCCCCACGCGAGAAUUGUCCUCCAGCAAAAUGAUGUCCUCCAAAGAGCAGCAGCCGAGGUUUUGUUUGAAGAGCUUCCCAGUCAAGCAAGGAUAAGCAAAGAGGAGCUUCCACUCUGGUGACCUCAGCAGACACGGGAGUUUCAGCCCAUCUCUGAGCCUAAAAAUCUGCUCCUUCAAUGUGAGGUCUUUUGGAGAAACCAAAAUAGCCAGACCUGAAGUCAUCGAUGCCGUGGUUAAGAUCAUUUCUCGCUGUGACAUUGUGUUGCUGAUGGAAAUAAAAGAGAGCAAGAACCGUGUUUGUCCUCUCCUGGUGCAGCAGCUCACCAGUCAGCUGAAGGGGGCCAAGGAAGAAUACAGAUGUGUGGUCAGUGAGAGGCUGGGAAGGAAGAGCUACAAGGAGCAGUACGCCUUCAUCUACAAGCAACAUAUAGUAUCAGUGAAACAAACCUACCAGUACCAUGACACCCAGCCUGGGGAUGAGGAUGCUUUCUCCAGAGAGCCCUUCACUGUCUGGUUCCAGUCUCCAAAAACUGCUGUCAAAGAGUUUGCUAUAAUCCCUCUGCACACCACACCAGAGACAGCAGUACGGGAGAUUGAUGAGCUCUAUGAUGUGUAUUUAGACGUAAAACAGCGCUGGAAAACGGAGAACUUCAUCUUCAUGGGGGAUUUUAAUGCUGGAUGUAGCUAUGUUCCCCAAAAGCAGUGGAAGAACAUCCGGAUGAGGACUUUCCCUAAUUUCAUCUGGCUGAUAGGUGACAAAACCGACACGACGGUGAAGAGAAGCACAAGCUGCCCAUAUGACAGGAUUGUGGUCAGUGGGGAGAAGCUCAUACAUGCCAUUGUGCCACACUCUGUCAACGUCUUUGAUUUCCAGAAGGAGUUUCGGAUGACUGAGGAGCAGGCCCUGGGAGUAAGUGACCACUUCCCAGUGGAGUUUGAGUUAAAACCAAAAGGUGGCUUCUUCAGUUGGCUGAAAUCGAAGUUUUCAAGGAAGAGGAGGACAAGAAGGGGCCGCCACACGAGCUCAUGAGCCUGCCAAGUCCUCUCACGCCUUGUGCAGGUGCCAGUGCACUUGGUAGAAGAGUGGUGUACAUAUCCUCACAGCAAGUGCAAUACUUAGUGGGAAAAAGAACCCAAAUAUUUGGUUAAUAUUCAAAUAUUUUGGGAAGAAGGUAAAUUAAGCCUUCAGAUUAUUCUUCUCAUUGUAUGUAAAAAACUAAAUCAGCUACAAGCAUAUUACUGUACUUACAGUACUGGCCAUGAACCUAAAGAGCUGCCAAAAGACCUGUGUGCUUUAUCUGUAAUACCCAAAGGGCACAGAUCUCCAUGUGCUCACUCCAGCUCUGGAGCUUUGCCUUUCUUCCUUUAGGGCACAAGGACUAAAGGGGCCCUUCUGUGUGGUGCAUGUGGAUGCUUCAGAGACACAAGGCUGUGUCUGCUAGCUUGAAAAGUAAAACAUUGCUGAACUUUGA